AUCACGUUGUGAAACAGUCCAAUGGUGGAAAGUGACGGAGGCGUCAGGGAAACCAGUAGAACAUCCCAGCAGCUCCGACACCAGCGGAACAUCCCAGCAGCUUCACCCGGGAAACAAGCACCCUGCCCCGGCUUCGUUUGCAUGGACACCCGGGGUCCAAGGUGCCCGGAGGACGGAUUCCAGAAGCGGGCGAUACCGCGGAGAAUGUGAGGAAAAGGGAACAGAACACACAACGAUGUGCUCCACGGAAACACCCUCGGACCCGGCUUUCCUCCUGGAGCUGAAGACCCGGCGGCCGCCGUCCCUGCUCGGCCGGGCCGGCUGCGAGACCUGGAGCGUGGACUUCUCCCCGGACGGAGCCUGGUUCGCCUGGUCCAUGGGCCACGGCAUCGUGUGGGUGGUCGCCUGGCCCCUCGACUCAGAAGAGGAUCAGAGCGGAGAAACCGACCGAGGAGACAAGAGCUUUAGCUGCGGUCACCCGGUGUGGGGUCUCGCCUUCGGGCCCAGACCCCCGAGAUCCGGCGCUGCUGCACGGCCGGGGAACACAUCGUCCAAAGGGAGCAACAGCCUGCUCCUGGCCACGGGCCUGGAGACCGGGGUCAUCAAGAUCUGGAAUGUCCUAACAGGUGAUGCUGUGUUUGACCUCCACGGCCAUGAAGGCGUCGUGAGGGACCUGGUCUUCCCUCAGAACGGGACGCUCACGCUGGUGUCGUCCUCCCGGGACAAAACCCUGAGGAUUUGGGACCUGGCUCAGAAAGGGAAGAAGGUGCAGGUGCUGUCGGGCCACAAGGACUGGAUCAGCUGCUGCUGCGUGUCUCCGGACUGCAGCAUGAUCGCCUCCGUCGGGAGGUUCGACCGAAUGGUUUGUCUGUGGAGUUUACGCUCGUACACGUUCAUCAGGAACCUGACCGGCGGGAACAGGAAGACCUUGUACCUCCUGUCUUCCUGUGACUUCUCUCCUGAUGGGGCGCUGCUCGCCACUGCGGCGUUCAGCGGCUCCAGCUGGUGGAUCGACCUCUGGGACCCGUACACCGCAGAGAAACUGGCCACGCUGGUUGACUACUUUGACGAUUACGGGCAAAACCAGAUCUCAGCGAUACAAUUCUCUCCCAACGGUUUGCACUUGUCCAUCGUGACCGACUGCAGAGCUCUUCUGAUCUGGGAGCCGGGAAACAAAGGGAUGGUGAUGCAGACCAAAGCCGACAGAGACUCCAACGGACUCUGCUGCGACUACCAUCCACAAGGGGGCGUGGUCGCCACAGGAACCAGAGACGGCCACGUGAGGUUCUGGAAGGCGCCCAGGACGGUGCCCAGCCUGUGCCACCUGUGCCGAUCCAUCCUGCGCCACUCGGUGUCCACGCACCAGCUGGAGCCGCUGCCCCUCCCCAAGAGGAUCCUGCAGUACCUCACGUACAGGAACAUCCCCGAGCGCCUCAGGACCCGGAGCUCCGAGGAGGAGGAAGAGGAGGAGUGGAGAGGCUGAACACGGACAUUUAAAAAUAACCAAACAAUGCAACUAAGUGAUUAUUAUACACUGACCACUAAUAAAAUGCCUUUGUUUGCAGAUUGAUUAAACGAUGCUUCCACAGCUCGACGCAGGAAGCAGCUCUUAACGUCAUCGAGUUUAGAUGCAACAUUUACUGCACUAAGGAUUUAAUUUAUUGCACUACUACUGUAAAACGAUGUAUUAACUCAAUGCUCAUAUAUAUAUGACUUGAAUAUCACACUUUUAUACUGUUAAUUUAUUGUGUACAUAUCUAAUUUCUAAUUCCUGUGUUUAUCAUAAGGGAACAACACACGACCUGCAACUGUACCUGCACAUGUUUGUUGUUAAUGUAAAAUAUAGAAACCGGAAUAUAUAGGAAAUAAUUUUAUUAAACAGAAUUAAACAUUU